AUGGCUGGAGGUGGCGGCGGAGCGAAGGCAGAUGAGCCACAGCCACACCCACCAAAAGAGCAGCUACCCAACAUUUCCUACUGCAUUACCAGCCCACCUCCAUGGCCCGAGGCUAUCCUACUUGGUUUCCAGCACUACAUUGUGAUGCUUGGGACUACUGUUCUCAUCCCAACUGCCCUUGUCCCUCAAAUGGGAGGUGGAAAUAAAGAGAAGGCACAAGUGAUUCAGACACUGCUCUUUGUUUCUGGCUUGAACACAUUGCUUCAGAGCACGUUCGGCACCAGAUUGCCUGCUGUCAUUGGAGGCUCUUACACCUUUGUCCCAACUACAAUCUCAAUCAUCCUUGCGGGGCGGUUCAGUGACAAUCUAGACCCUGUUGAGAAAUUCAAGCGGAUUAUGCGUGCAAUCCAAGGUGCAAUGAUUGUUGCUUCGACUCUUCAGAUUGUUCUGGGAUUCAGUGGCCUCUGGCGAAAUGUGACAAGGUUCCUUAGUCCACUUUCUGCUGUUCCAUUGGUUAGCCUCGUUGGGUUUGGCUUGUAUGAGCUUGGCUUUCCUGGGGUUGCCAAAUGCGUUGAGAUUGGCCUACCAGAGCUUGUCAUAUUGCUGUUCGUUUCACAGUAUAUGCCUCACGUGAUAAAGAAAGGGAAACAUGUCUUUGAUCGGUUUGCUGUCAUAUUUGCAAUAGUAAUUGUCUGGAUAUAUGCACACCUACUAACAGUUGGCGGAGCUUAUAAAGGUGCAGCACCAAAGACACAAGUUACUUGCCGCACUGACCGUGCAGGAUUGAUUGAUGCUGCGCCAUGGAUAAGAGUUCCUUAUCCCUUCCAAUGGGGAGCACCCUCUUUUGAUGCUGGUGAAGCCUUUGCUAUGAUGAUGGCUUCUUUUGUUGCUCUUGUAGAGUCUACUGGUGCCUUCAUCGCUGUAUCAAGGUAUGCUAGUGCAACUCCCAUGCCACCUUCGGUACUCAGUCGUGGUGUUGGUUGGCAGGGAGUAGCCAUUUUGUUCUCUGGUCUGUUUGGAACUGUGAAUGGUUCAUCUGUGUCUGUAGAGAAUGCCGGUCUUCUAGCAUUAACUAGAGUUGGCAGCCGAAGGGUUGUCCAGAUAUCUGCUGGAUUCAUGAUUUUCUUCUCCAUCCUUGGAAAGUUUGGAGCAGUCUUUGCUUCAAUCCCAGCACCUAUCAUAGCCGCUUUGUACUGCCUCUUCUUUGCUUAUGUCGGUGCUGGAGGUCUUAGCUUCCUUCAGUUCUGCAAUCUCAACAGCUUCAGGACCAAGUUCAUACUAGGCUUCUCCAUCUUCAUUGGCUUGUCCGUGCCACAAUACUUCAAUGAGUACACUGCAAUCAACGGCUAUGGCCCAGUUCACACUGGAGCUAGAUGGUUCAACGACAUUGUGAAUGUUCCAUUCUCAUCGGAAGCCUUUGUUGCCGGUGUUGUGGCGUACUUCCUGGACACCACACUGCACAAGAAAGACAGUUCUAUCAGGAAAGACAGAGGGAAGCACUGGUGGGACAAAUUCAAGUCGUUCAAGAGUGACACCAGGAGUGAAGAGUUCUACUCAUUGCCCUUCAACCUCAACAAAUACUUCCCAUCCGUUUGA